AUGCUUCGAGUGGGGGAGCGCGUGCUUCUACUCGCGCUGAGUGAAGAACGGGACAAGCACCCGCUGGGGUAUCUGUCCUCGCGGCUGCUCAUGGAUGCUGAAGGUAGAUCUUCUUUCGCCACCUUGGACUGCUCCUUGACGUCCUUCCGAGACGCGCCCCCAGCGGAGAGGUCGUGGGAGCCGGUGGUAGUGUCCGACUGCGUUUUUCGCGUGGCGGCCUGCGUGGACCGGCACGACGCUACCCGCGCCAGCCAAUCUCAGCGUAACCUGGAGCCGGGGAACACAGUUCACAGGGGGAUGCAACCGGGCACGCCCGUGAGAUACUCCAAGGCGGUGCAGUUGGUGCAUGAGUUCAGCGGCGCGCUGCUGUGCAUCGAUGUCCAAGAGAGGGCGGAGAGCGAGGGCUUUGCCAUGAAGGUGGUGCUCAAGGCCAUAGAUCCUCCAUCAGGGGACGGAGGGUCAACGGACGGGUACAAGAACACGUGGUGGGAGGUCAAAUCGCCGGGGAACGUCAGAAUCAGCCAGGUCCUACACUACGACGAGAUCUGCCUACACUCGAACCGCUGGGACCGGAGCGUGCGGGCGCACCCAACCCUCCUGGAUCGCCAAAGGGUAACUUCAGCAACAGAGGUGGAAGGAGAAUCAGGGACUGAAGAAGCAGGAGCUGCCACCGGCCUUUCUCCGACGUUGCCUCGGGAGAAAUAUCCUGGAGCGGUGCAUGCCUCUUUCUCGCACUCGCUCCUGAGAGUGGUGCCGUACGACGACUGUCCUUCCCUGCCGUACUCCGACGAGGGACUGUCCAUCGCAACAACGUCGGCGGCAACGGUAAUGGCCUCCGCUUCCGGGGGGUGGCCAGGUCCGGACUCGUCUUCGUCACCCCACGCGCUCGCCGGCAGCGGAACCGCCGACACCCCCGUCGGCGGCGUCGCGGACGACGCGGGCGCGAUCCGCGGGGGAGACGUGGUGCGCCUCUGCCACCUGAGGUCCACGGGGUUUCUAACCUGCGAGGUGGUGACGCCGGAAGCGUUUCCGCGUGGGGGGUGGGCGCAGCCGGAGCCUAGGAUGGUAGGCCAGGCCGGAGGAGGAGGCGGAGGCCGAAGAGGAGGGGGGGGGGGGGGAGUGGACGGCCCGGUACAGGGGCAGGCAAGCGACGGUGGGGUCGGGGGCGGUCCGUUCCUUUACAUUUCCGCGACCCCUCACCGCCGCCUGAAGCUGCAGAACGCUAGCAGUAACUGCCUGUGGGUUCUGGAGCGGACCCACUGCGCCCUGGGCGGCCGGCCCCUGCGAGGCAGCUGCGCGAGCGCCGCCGGUGCCGCCGACCCACCGCAGCAACAUCAACAGCAGGGAGGAAACCCGACCUCUUCGUCAGUGUUUUCGACAGGCGGCAGUGGCAACGCGCGUCGCAACUCCCUCCACCAGCAGCAGACCGCGCAACAUUCAGGAAACUCUUCUGCUUACACCGGUGGCGCCGCUGCCGCGGGGGCAGGUUAUUCUCCCGGUGACGGCGGCGGUGGUAAUAGGAGCGGCGCGACGGAGAGGCAGAGAUGGAACAGCGAUUCCGACUACUUCCCUGGCGGAAACGAAGGCGGGGCACGUGGCGGUGGCGGCGGCGGUGGCAGCACCGGUGGUGCAAGCGGCACUAGGCCAUCCUCUUCCUUCCCGGGCGGGGGCUUCGGGCGCGACACCUACGCCGAGGCCGUCGCGAAGCGGAGGAGAAGGCAGGGGGCGGGAGACCCUGUCGAGUACGUCCGCAUCAAGCACCUCGCGACCAUGCGCUACCUCUGCGUCGGGAAAAAGUGCGAUCCCGUCCGGGGUGGUGGUGGAGUAAACGCCGGCGGGGAUGCUGGCGCCAGCGGAACACCGGCCACCCGGCGGCGGGGGGACAGCAGAAGGAGAGGAGCGGCGGCGGCAGAUGCUGCGGCGACAAGAGUGGGCAUGCUGACGGUAGAUCAGCACGCGGCGGUGCCAGCGGCCACCGUCUUCGUGAUUCGGCCGCGGCGCACGGCGGCCGCGGGCGCGGAGGGGUUGGUGGGGCCGGCAGCUGCUGAAGGGGCGGGGGCGGAUCGCUGGCUUGGUCCCGAGGAUCUGGUCCACCUCCAGCAUAAGAACACCGGGCUGUUCUUGUCGGCCCUCCCCCUGGAAAACACGGCGAAGGGGGGGAUCGGGCUCACCAUGGUCAAGUCUCCACUGACAACUGAGUACUGGCGCUUGGCCCGAGCGCCGGAACGUGAACGCAUGGCCACCAAUCAUAUCCUCACGGCGCAGGCGCAACUCAAGGCUUCACUGGACUCGUUGCUUGUGGAGAUAGAAAAAAUGCCGCCAUUCGACGCGGCCGGGAAAAAGAACAACACUGACGGACGCGCACCGGCGGCACCCCCCUCGGCCGCCUACCUCUACCCGCCGGUGCCCUACGCGCGCUUCAUCCGGCCGGCUGCCCUCGCCGUGUCACACUUUCAUUCGGUGCUCUCCCGCGGGGCCGCGUGGUGGGGAGGAGGAGGAGCAGGGACGAAGAAAUUUCCGCCGUCGGUGUCGUCGUCGCGGGGCCACUCGCUUGCGGGCCAUUCGGGGGGUGGCGAUGCUCCGAGCGCCGGCGGAAGGGGUCUCAUGAGCAUGGGCGAGCGUCUCGGGAAGGCCUCGUCCUCGUCCCGUCGGAUCAGUGUCGGGGGGAGGAGCGGGGGAGAGGAAGCCGCGGCGCGAGUCAUCAUCGGCAGGAAGCGAGAGCGGUCGCGACACAACGUCUUGGGUGGCCUCAGCGGCGGCGGCGGCGGCGGCGGCGGCGCCAGCGGUGUCAGCGGCGGCGGCGCCAGCGGUGCACUGGGGGGAGGGGUUUCUUCGCUGAUGAUCUCGUUAGACGAGUUCCACGCAAACCCUCGGCUGCGCUUUCAGCUGCUGCUGAGGGAGCAGGGGAUCGUGGUGCAACUCUUUGAAUCUAUGUGGACGAUUUUCCGGGAGCAGGACGGUAUCCUCGCGCGUCACCUCUGGUGGGACGACGACGCCGAAGAGAGCGCAAGCGGCUCUACAACCGUUUCUAUUGGCCCCCCCGCCUUCAGUGCGACCCCUCGCUCUGGUGCGACGCGCGUCGGAGGUACGGAUGUCGGCGGCGGCAGCAAUACGGACGAGUGGGAGAUAAGGAGGGACAGGUCGGCCGCGCGUCACUGUCUGCGGCAAUUCGUUGUCCAGGCGAUGGCGCUGGCGGACUUCUUCGCCAGGGACAACCCGCGAGGAAAGGCCGUGCUGGAGAACUUCACUCCUCUGCUGCGAAUGUUGAUUGGGAGCGGCCUGGGCGCUUGUGAGGUGCUGGCUACCAUCAGAAGGGACAACCCCCGCACCUACGCGGUUGUUACGCCGGCACGCAUCCAACAGAUCCUCGCGACACUGCCGGAAUCACGGGACCUCGCCAACAGCAUGCGCCUGCUGCGCAGCAUCUGCAAAGUGGGGCAUUCGCUGCUGCCCUCGAUACAGCGCCUCGUCGCGGUAACGGUGCUCGUGGGCGUCGACACGGCUGCCGCUGCGGCCGCUGGGAGGGCUGCCGGCGGAGGCAGCGAGUUCGGCAGCGGCCGCGCCUUGGGCGGCGGCGGCGGCGGCGGCGGUGGCGGCGGCGGGAGCGGGCGUAAGGACAGCGAUGAAGGCGACGGUGGUGGCGAGCACGGUGUGUCCGUUGCUGCUUCACUGGAAGGAGAGGAAAAUCACCUCCUCAGAAACCCUCGCAGCUUGUUCAGGUACGAGCUCAUCCGGGACAUGGAUGUCACCACCAGCGAUGUCGAUGCUUCCGGCGCUGCUGCCAGUGGUACCAGCACCGACCGCGGGAACGGUUCUGGAGGUACUCUUGCCGGCGGCGCCUCCGUCUCCCGCCCUUCAUUGACACCAUCGGCCUCGGAGAGCGGACGCGGCAAGGCAAGCAGCAUCAGCAGCAGCGUCAAGAGCCAGCGACGGAGGCCAUCAUUGCGAGCCGCUUCGGGUACCAACUUCCGGUCGGCCGACGGCACCAAGGGCAUCCGUGUCAGGCUGAAGCGGUUGGUCGCGGGGGUGUCCAUGGGGGAACAGCUGCGCCGGCGGCGUGAGCUGCUCAACGGGGAGACGCGGGUCUCCUCCGGGGAAGGCGUUAUCUUCGAGGCCGUGCAGGAGGGGAGCGGGUCGGCGUCCCGGACGGUGGUCCGGGUGCUGAGCAGGGGCGGGGCUGGGGAGCCUCCGGUGGAGGGGCCGUGGGGACCGAGGGGAAGCGGCCGGGGUGCCGGACCUAGCUCGGCCGCCGGGGACCUGCUUGAGCUGUUCGUGGAGUCGGUGAGGCUGCUGGCGUCGCUGUGCCAGGAGCGGCACAAGGGGAACAUUGCGCUCGUGCGCUCCCUGAAGGGCACGACAUACAAGGAGCUGAUGGAGGUGGUGAGGUCUGAGACGGUGCCGCCAACCGUUCGAGCCGCAUUCGCCCAGCUGCUGGAGCACUGUCACCUCAACGUGGCCCCGCUCCUUCCGCGACCUCCCGUCAGGUACGUCAGACUCAAAGACGAUGACGACGAAGACACCUACGACAGCAGUAGUGACGACGACGAUGACGGCGAUCAGUCGUCCUUUUCGGGAAGAGGAAGAGGCCGAGCCAAUGAACGAAAGGACAGCGCAAACCCGGUAGACCAGGGGGUAGCUGCAGUAGAUGCCGCCGAUUUCGCCGAGGGAAAGAGUGAAGACACGAGGAAGAUCGACGAGGGCGAGGAGCAGCGCGAACACCUCAGGGACGCUCUCGAGUUCGUGCAGGCGUUCGUCAAGAAGCACACCCGGCCUGGUGGUACGCUGCAAAUCGACCAGUGGAACUCCGGCGGCGGGGACAGGUUCAUGGACCAGCAUUGGGAUCCUAUCGACGUGGAGGAGCUUUCUCCGGGCGUCGAUGGCGUCGGCAGCAGUUCUUUCCUCGCGGACUCUUUUCACGAAGCUUUCGAUCCCACACGGCGCCAGAAGCAGUUGCAGCGGCAGCGGCGGCCGUCGGCCUCCGGCAAAGGCGUCUCCAGACCCGACACUACCCCAGCGCUAGCGGCGGCGUCUUCCGGGACAUCAGUUCACACACGCAUGCACGCGCCGCCGCUGUCGGCGAUGUCGAAGGCCCUGCAGCUAACGGAGAACCUCAAGCUCCUCGGCGCGGUGCUGUCGCUGCUGCGCCUGACGCUCGACCUCCUGGGCAGGCAGCCCUUGGGCACUGACCCGUCCGCGGGGCUGUUCAGACGGCUGUGCUCGCUGCUGGAGUUCUUGGAGGACGUCCGUGAGAUGCGGAGCGAGUUUUUGGCGGCGGGAGGGGCUAGGGGGGGCGGGGAAGGAGCAGGAGGCGGCGACGCGGGAGGAGGAGGUGGAGGUGGCGGCGGCGGCGGGGGGGGUGGCAGGAGCGGCAUGUUCGGUGGGACAAGCCGAAGGGAAUCCAGCGUUGGUGGCGGCGUUGGCAGCGGGGCUAAAAUCUCGUCCGCUUCAAAGCUCCUGGGCUCUCUCGCAGACGAGGAUGCUGUGGGCAUAACGGACACAGAGGUGUCCGUGAUGCGAGUGCUGACGCUUCUGCUGGGGCACGAGCUGGACAAGCAGCUCGACAAGGUCUUGUGGCUGGCACGGAAGUACGACAAAAACGAAAACGCCUUUCGUUUCAGCUUCGACGCUUCUACGGACAAGAUGGUUGCGACGUACAAGGGUAAGGACAUCUGGUCGCUGGUGCACAACAGUGGCGGCGCGGGCCUUCUGGCUGGCAGGGAGGGUGAGAUAAACGCGCACAACCUCUCCAACCUCUCGGGAACGCUGUUGAGGCUGGCGGUAGCGGGUCAGGAGAGCGGGAGGGCUGGCGGCCCGACAUUGACAGCCCGGUCUUUCGCGCUCCUGUUUCGGAUCAGCGACCAGGGGAACCAGCUGGCUCGAGAGGCCCGCAAGGUCACGCAGCUCACCGGCCGUGCGGCCUCCGAGACGCACCGCGGCCUCAAUCGCGCCGUGAUGGCGCUCCGAGCCUUCUCGCGCCGUCGCGCCGGUCGACCCGCAAUGCUGGCAGACACCGUCGGCAACAGCAACGGGAGAAACGUGCUGGUUGGUGGGUCGUCGGAACGUCUGGCGGCACAAUCGCCCCCGCCCCCCCCGACGACGACGAAGCCUCUUCCCCGUAAGGGUACCGGCGAAAGCGGCGCUCCAGUUAAGGUGACACGGACAGCAGCGGCGAGGGGAGAAGAGGACGGCGGUACCGGCGCAUCACCCCCAGACGAGGCAGGUGCCGACGUUGCCAGAGCACGGAGCCUUUCUGCCAUCUUUUCAGCGGCACCACCACGACUAGCGCCGGCCCCAUCCGCACAAGAUGCGCCAGCGGCUCCGGUGUCGGCGGCGCCGACGGGACUCGGGACCGACCUGAUCUCCGCCUUGCAGGCCGAGGAAAAGAGCGUCAGCGAGGCCCUCGGGGAGGUGCGCCGGGUGCUCAUGGCCGGGCGGGAGGACGCCGACGGCGCGCAAGCGGAGGUGGAGCGAGUGGCGGCCGGGGUGGGGCUUCCCGCGGCCCUCCUCGGGGCGCUGAGGGCUCUGAGGAGGGAAGAUUACGCUGGUGCUGGCGCUGGUGGAAACGGGGGUAGCAACUGGCUGAGCUUGGCGAAAGAGAUCAUGCAACUGCUUCGCCUCCUCGUGGAACAGGGGCCGAACCCGGACCUCCGACGUCUCCUAUUCUCCAACUUCUCCUUGCUCUUAUCUUUCCUCGAUGUGGGCGCCCCCUCGCCAGCGGCGGCAUCGUCGUCCCAGCAAGCUGUUGUGGUCGGUGGCGGUGGUGGUGGGGGUGAUGGUCGCAGCGGCGGCCGGCGGCUGUUCUUCGCCAGCCCCGUGGCUCGUCUGAUGGGCGAAGUGGUCAACCAAGACUACGUGCUGGUGACGAGCGUUUCGGAGGAGCACCUGACUCAGCUUGCGAUGGCUGCGACUCGGAGCAGGGAAGCCGACCUUCUGGUGCUACUUCAGAAGCUCGUCACGUGCAACGGAGCGCCUGUCCAAAACAUGCAACGACGCGUGCUGGUUACUUUGCUGCGAGAGCUUAGUCGAACAGACUUCCACGCCGCCUUCGGGUGGGAUGAUCUCCGCCCGUCGCUGCAGCCCCCCGCCAGCCGUCCCCAACGUAACCCGCGGGUACAACACCAGCGGGCAGGCUCGGGUGGUCACGACAACAGCGACCUGCCUCGCUACAGCCCCGAUGAUGGUGACGGCAGCACUCCUCCUCCUCCUCCCGUUACGUCUACGCUACCUCGCUCGCCACCGGCGCCGGUACCGGCCGACGAUCACCGAACAAGAGCCGGAGGGGCAGAGCAAACGCCGGCGCUCGGAGAGACUACUCCUGGGAGCUCCGCCACGGCGGGGGCUGGUUGGAGCGGAGACGGUGGUGGCUCGGGCGGUCGCGACUACUCCGGCCAGCGCACCGCUCGCGAAGAAGCGCAAUCGACGCACGAGCAGGAGAGCCAUUGGCGGCGCUGGGGGCGCGUUGAGGACUCGGCUACAAGCGGGCUUGGCUUCAUGUCCGCUCUGCAGCGAGCCCUCAUCCUGGAGCAGCAGCAGCGGCAGCAAGAAGCGGAAGAAACGGACGACGGCAGCAGCGGCGACGACGACGGUGAGGAUGGUUGGAGAGGGGGCGGGGACCGGGCAAAGAGGGAGGCGGGCGGCGAUAGGCACGCGCUGGAGCUCUUGAGCGUUAUCGCUGCCUGUUGCGAGGGAAAGAACCACUUCACGGAGGUCCAGUGCCGCUCCAUGGUCUCCCUUGAAGAGCUCGUGACCCUGGUAACCCGCGGGGCGCCGGGAGGCGCUUUGUCUGGGCGGGGACGCGGAGGCGACGCCGCCACCGCCGCCGGUGGUGCCGUUUCCUCUCCAGAAUCGAAAGCGUACGAUGGCGGUGGCGGCAGGAUCAGCGUUGUCGCGGAGACCAAGAUCCCGGGAGAGGUUGGCAGGAGGAACGCGGGUGACGAGACUGGUGAAGAAAAGCGGGCCCAGGAGGAGGAUGACGGUGGCGUGGAAGAACAGAAGCAGUCGCUGCCGCAGCGCCAGCAAGACAGCAACGGUGGCAACGGCGACGAGAACGGCCCGUCUGUGACGGCAGCGGUGCCGGGGGCACCGCAGUUGGUGGGAGCAGCACAAUCUUCCUCGGCGUCCGAAGAACCGGGGUUGCCGAUUCGAGGCGACAGGCUUCCGUCCAACUCGUCUCUUGUAGGCGCUUCGACGAGCUCGUGGUUUCGAGAUCGGCCAGAAGAAAGCGGCGCCGGUAGCGGCGGCGGGGCCGGAUCGGCGGGCGGAGACGGCGGCGAGCGGCCCCUCCCGGCCGGAGUGAGGUGGGCGUUCAUGUGGCUGCUCGACUCCCUGUUCUUCAACGUGAAGGAGCCGGUGGAGGGGCUGGAUCGGCACCCGGUCGUGCACGCGUUGCUAGAGAACCUCCUCACGACGACGCAGUUCUGCGUGAGGGUGCCGGCGAGCAAGCGAUGGGAGAACGAAGAGAUCGACUUCAUCAUCUCCACGGCUGUCCCCCUCCUCCACAACUUCUUUGAAGGUUGCUGGCGAGACCCCCUGCCGUUCGUCACGAAGACCGCGGUCAUGCUCGUUUCCACGCUUGCCGUCCUCUUCUACGCCCUCGCGGAGGACGUGAGGUCCUUGGCCGAAGACGCCGGCCUAAAGUGGCGCUGGCAGAAGGUCGAGGGUAGCGAAGUGGACGAAGGGGUCUGGGAAGGGGACUGCGACAAGGAGACGAAGUCGAGGCUGGAAUGGCGCAAGCGAAAGCUGCGGUCGCUCCGCGACCUGGUGUUCGAGCUGUACCUGUCGGGGGACCGGCGAAAGCGAGACCUCUUCUCGCUGUUCUACGCGGAGAAGCGCCGUCUAGAGGUGGACACCACCGGCGGCAGCGACGGCGGGAGUCGCGGCGGGAGCGGGGACGUGGGAGGCGAUAGUGACGCCACCGGCGAUGGCAACGGUGCCCGCGGCAGAGGCGGUGGCCGUGGCAAAAGCGAGGAUCGCUUUAACGACCUGAUGGUCGUGAUACAAAAUUUGGCCAGGAUUGCGGAGGACUCGGAAACGUCCGGGAGUGAUUCGGCGCUGGGGGACAGCGAAGCCGACCACCACCACCAGCAGCAGAUGGAGGGCGGCGGGACGGCGGGAAGGCCACGCGGCGGCUCGAGGGACAUGUCAGAAGCGCUGGCGAGAGCGUACUGGAGCACCUCCGGUGACGGCGCCACAGUCAGGGGAAGCCGGACCUUCUCGUGGACGGCCAACGUGCGGUCUGUCCGGAUGACCUCCAGCGGCGGCAGCAGAGGCUUCUUCCGGGACCAGGGGCACGCCGGGGAGGACACCUGGCAGUCUCUUCGGGCGUCCGCGCCGGACCUGCAUCCGCGCCUGCCAAGGGGUCCAGGCGGAGGCCCAGGCGGCGGGGGGAGAAGAGGAGGCUCGUCGACAUUCCCGUCGUUCAGAGUCGGAGGGGGGGGCGCUGACCCGGCCGGCGAUCGGCGGGGCGGAGCGCCAAGGCUGCAACUCAGCGAGCACGGGGUCCUCCCUCUUCUUGAGGCGAGCGUGACGGGGAGCGGUGAGCUCGAGAAGCUUGUCUCGGACCUCCAGCAGAGUUCACGGGACGAUCAUGUGUUCGGUCUCCACAUUCUGCGGGCCGUGAUCGAGACUGCCCCUCCUGUGGGGGACGGGUCGGAAGGCCUACCGGGGAUGUGGCAGCCCGGGGGCGGGGCCGACGGCGGCGGUGGCGUGAGCACGAACGAGAGCACGCGGGGAAGAAAGGUGGACGAGGAUGCGAUACGGGACAACCAGGAGAAGGCCGGGAGACGGCUGCAGCAGGAGCGUAUAGCGGGUCUCGGCGGGGGAAGCACGAUCCUCUUGUUUGUCGGCGGCCUCAGCUCGUCGUCCACGCGAGACACGGCAGGGGAUGCCUUCCUGCUGGCGGUGGAAAUGUUGAAGGGGGGUAAUAAACAGGUCCAGGAGCAUUUCUACGCCGUGCUGCGGGAGUCUCGGCAAGACGAGUACUUCUUCGAGGCUGUUACCAACUUCAUCCGCGCCUCGGUCACACGCCUCGCCGACUGCCGCCGCCGGCGCCUGGUCCUGAAACGCCGGGGCGCCGUCGAGAAGAAGGGGGCGGCGGCGUCGAAGGCUGCCGCAGCAAGGGCCCCGACUGGAUCGACGCGGAGGCAGGCCAAGGCGACCAUCGCCAACAUGUCCAUCACGGUGGUCGAGCCGGGCGCGGUAGGCAGCGGCGAAAGUGGCGCGUACGGCGGGCCAGGGGCGGACGGAGAAGACCAGGCGCCGCCGGCCGCGCUUCCCGCAGCCGGCAUGGCUGCGGGAGAGGGAGAGGAGGAAGUGGCGAGCCUGUCGGCCCUGAUGGAGUUCUUGCGGCUGCUCUGCGAGAACCACUACCUCGACAUGCAGGACUACAUGAGGAGACAGCCGGACAACCUACGCACCUACAACAUGGUGACGGAGGUGUGUGCGCUGCUGCAGGGGCUCGAGUGGGUAACGCUGGACGACGUGCGGCACUGGGGCAUCGACGCCAGGACCAUCGACCUCGCAUUUACGGUGGUGAGGACCUUGGUGGAAUUCGCUCAGGGCAACGAGGGGAACAAGCGAGCGAUCGCAACUCCUAGCCUGACAGGCAGCAUCAACGACCUCUUCCGGAAGAGGUUCGAUGGCCGCGACCACGGUGAAUCGGUACUGGCGGCCCACCAGAGGGGGGAGUGCAGGACGUCCCCGGCCCGCUUGAAGCACCAGGCGUUCGUGCUGUUGUACUCUCUGAUCGAGGGGUGCCACGAGCCGUCUGUGUUCUUCACCCUGCUGCACACCCUGGACUUCGAGGCCAUCCUUGGGGUGCUGCAGGACGCUCGAGAAGCCUUUGCGGUCGCGUCGCGGGACUACAGGAUGAAGGAGAGAACCUACUUGAAGCUCAGGAGGGCAAGGUGGCGGUCGGGAGUGCUGCUGGUGUUCAAGGGCUGGAAACGCAAGCUGAAAGCGGCGACGGAGGAACACAAACGUUCUGAAGAGCAGUGGGAGUCGGCCAGGCGGGGCUGCAGCACUCCGGUCCUGUUCCUAAGGGCUCUCUUUGACGGGGGCAGGGCAGACAACCCUGAGAAAUGCGCCGAGGAAGAAGCCAGGUUCGAGUCCUUCCUGGACGAGUGGCAAGGCGCUGUCCGCAGCAUCGAGAUCAAGCGGGAAGGUCGUCUGGAGAAGAUGUACUUCGUGGUGCCGGAGUGGUGCAGGGCUCACUGGAAGAAAACCCCCGUGAUCGAGAUGAGGGAGCUCAUGAAGAAGCGCUGCGCUCGCGCGACGUCAUCUCCGGGCUGGAAGCUCCUCAAGUUUUACCAGCAGGGAGAGGGCAUGCUGAGCCAGAUGGCCUACCUGCACACGCUCCAAGCCUCCUCGCUGCACGUCGUGACGGGGAAAGAGGAGAUGUGGAGCGCCCUGACGUUCCUGCUGGCGCUGGCGAUCAACCUCUCCGACAUCGCCGCCUCGGGGGAGAGCGAAAAGGAAGGGGAUCGCGUCUACUUGGCGGGCACGGUGUUAGGGGCCGCGCACGUGGUGAUCUCGUGCCUUCGCCUGGUAGCCUUCAUGUACAACCGCCAGCAGAAGUGGCUCUACGAGCAUAACCUCCCGGACCUCGCGAUGCUCCGGCGCGUGCUAAGACUGGGCCCCCAGCGAGUCGGCGAGGACGUCUCGCCCCGAGGCCAAGCCGCCCGCGGCGACAAGCAGCAGAUCUCGACCAGCUCCGCGGGGGUGAAUACAGCGGCGACGCCGCUGGUGCUGUCGCCGUCUCCGUCCCAGGAGGUGACCGACCCGGUCGGCGUGGCGGCCUCCCUCAGCCGAAGCGGCGGAGGCUUCGCGGAUAGCAGGGGGGUUGCGGGGGGCGGAGAAGGCACGAACGCCCUCGGGCUUCGGCGUGGCGUACAGGACCGGAUAUUGAGGCUCGCCAAGGAGUACAGCCAGGAAUCCUACGACUCCAACGGCAGCUGGGGAGGGGGGGGGUGGGGGAGCGGCGGGGGGGGCAUGUCUUCGUACGAUAGCAGCAGCAGCGACAGUGACAGCGAGAACAGGGAGGAGGCGGAGAUGCGCGCGUGGGGGGGCGGUGGAGGGGGCGGGGGUCGAGGCGUGGGCGGUCGCGGGAAGGAGGUGGGCCGUGUGGACCGCUUGACCCGGAUGGCGGUCAUGCUCAGCUCGUCAAAGUGGAACGUGCUGUACGUCCUCGUGUCCCUUGUUGGGUUCGUCCUGUCCCUGCGGUUUGAGUUCAAGGGCCGGAGCGCCUGCUACGCCUUCUGCCUGCUGGACGUGUCCGUGCGCUAUAGGGCCAUGCACAGGGUUCUCCGAGCGGUGUCCCAGAACUCGGCGAUGCUUUGGCAGACGGCGAUGCUGGUGGUGGUGGUGCUGUUCAUCUUCGCGGCCGUGGGGACGGCCUGGUUCGAGGACGACUUCGCUCUCGCGAGUGCCGUCGAGGCGGUGGGGGACGACGACAGUGCGGAAGGCUUCAGCGGGUGUAGCACUCUUGGCGAGUGUUCCAUCACGCUGUUCCAGUACGCCCUGCGAGGAGACCUGGGGACGUACCUUUUGCUCAUGACCGACCAAGACGAGCCCGGGCAUCGCAUCCGGCGCUUCUUGUACGACGUGGCGUACUGGGUGUUGGUGCCUCUGCUGCUGCUGAACAUGGUCUCCGGCGUCAUCUUGGACAGUUUUGCGCAGCUGAGAGACGAGGAAGCGGCGCUGAAGGACGAGCUCAAGAGCCGAUGCGUGGUGUGCGGCAUCUCUCGGAACGAGUUCGACCGGGGGGGUAACGUGUUCUACGACCACGUCACGCACGACCACUGCAUGUGGAACUACGUCCUGGUGCGGGCGUACCUCCACUUCAAGCCCGAGCUCGAGCACACGGGCCAGGAGUCCUACGUCCACAAGCUGCAGCGGGGGGGACCAGAUGGCGUCCCGGACGUGCGCUACUUCCCGGUCGGCGAGGCGGGAGUGCUUGAGAACGCCUCCUCCAGAGGGGGGAGGAGGAGGGGGGAGGGGGCGCUAGGGGGAGCGGAGGCGGCGCGAGGCGGGACGAGGGUGUGGUAGACUGGUGAACUGGCGCGGCUCCUUCCGGUUGGGUGGCUGUUUUGGUUUUGUCACUUUUUUUCGGUCAGCCUGUUGGCUCGAUCCCGCCGUUUUGGGUGUUGUUUGGUGGCUUGUUUUGUUUGGGGGGGGAGGGGCGUUUCAUGCGUCAGCCAUGAUGUUUUCGUGCUUUCUUGCCGGAACUAGAACAAAACACGUGUUUGGUUUGCAUUGAGAUGUGCCCGGCUGGCUGUGUCAAGGGGAGAAGUAAGGGGGUUGGGAGAUAUACCGUGAGAGAGGUACAAGAGGGUUAAUGAAGGAGAUACGAACAGAGAGGGGGGGGCAAAGACAGAGGCAGACAGACAAGAGGCAAGAGACACUGCUUCCUACUGGUGACCAACCCUUAAAUGUCUCCGUUCGUUGUAGAAAGUAUAACUCUGUUUAAGUAGAAUUUCCUCUUCGAACUGAACAUGGGAGAAGGAAGGGUUGCAGGUGACCUAGGUAUUGGUUGAUGUAAAUGAAAUACAAGGAGACGCGACGGUGUUGUCCUCGUGCUUUGCUUCAAGAUAUGAUUGUGAGAGCUCGUGUUCACACGCGCGGGGCGCACCAGAAACAAGUGAGGUGUUGGAUGCGCCAGCCAUGGAUGUUGUUCCCUCUGGAACAUGUUUUACUCUGUCUGGUAGAUGCCAGGUCGCCCCUCGCGAUGGACGAAGAUUACGUUCUUUGCUGUGUUUGUUAUUUCCUUGCGGGGGGCGGCGCUGGCCGAAUGGAUGUCUACUAUUCAUUCCUUGGCUUUUCUUUUUUUUUUCUUUCACUGCAUGUGUACUAGGAAAGGAAGCUGAAGAAUGAGUUUUUGUGAGGGCGGCGCUGCCCACGUGUGCACUAUGUUUUUACACACGCUUCGAUUAUCGGAAAGCGCAUUUACAGGUUAACGUAGUGCCUUGGAGGCACGCGGGAUUUUUUCACCCCGCCCCGUCCGUGACCGAACGGUACCUUCUUCAGUUAGAUGCGAAGUACGUUCGAAUAGGUUUGCGAUCGGUCCAUGUCGAAUUUGUCUCGAAGAAUGCUCGAGAUUGCCUGGUGAAUGUGGUGUCUGUCAGGUGAGGUGGGGACAUGUGUGCCCUAUCUCUGAAACAAGUUUUGUAUUGGUGUUGGUAGCCUUCCGUUUUCGUCGGUUUGGGGUUGUUUGUGGAUAGUUUUGUGACCUCGUCCGUUGAUACCCUCUUGUGUCUUGUAUAUUCAGUCGUGCUGUUGUUGACACCGAGGCAUAAGUGACUGAUGUAUAGAUUUUUGGCUUAAUCGGUGGAAAUGUUUCGUUUCAGCGACUAUGCGAAGAAGGAGGCGCACACCGCGUUCACUGUCG